CCCAUCUUCUUAUUAAGAUCUUUCUUCACUUCCACCUUCUUCCCUUCUAGUUUUUGGCUUUUUGACGACACCGACGUUAUGCUGGGCUCAUUAACGUUCCUCUCACUCUCUUUGACUGUAUCCGCGGGCCUCGUACCGCACGACCACGCACACAAUGCAAGACACGACCACUCGCAGCAUGACCACGAUGUUGCAAGGGCGCUCCCUGGCCAGUGGUACCAUCGGGAUGACCAUCCGGUCCACGCUCUCUUCAGGCGCCAGGGUGAGACUUUCCCCGCCAUUGGUACUCCUGAAUGGGCUGCGGGCUAUCCGCCUGGCCCACCUGCCUUCCCCGAUACUACCAAAAUGCCUGUCGAAUGGCUCAAUGCGCUGAAGGACGCUGUGGCACGUGGUGCCAUCCCCAACGUCCCCAUUUCCAACCUCUCGUCGGAGGGUGUGCCGACCUACCCCGCUGGGGCCAACCCUAAUGGCCCCGAGGUUUGCAGCGCGUCAUACGGCUGCCGCAUCCCAACGGACUUGUGGGACGCUCCCGCAAACCACAUCGCCCUUUCAUUCGAUGACGGCCCGCUCCCGCCGAGCGAUGGCCUCCUCUCUUUCCUCGACGAGCAGAAGGAGAAAGUGACCGUCACCCAUUUCAUGAUCGGCGCCAACAUUCUAGGCCAGCCGGCGCAGUUCAAGCGCAUGUUUGAGCGUGGGGACGACUUGGCAGUCCACACGUGGUCGCACCCGCUCAUGACCACGCAAAGCAACGAGCAGGUUGUUGCGCAGCUUGGAUGGACGAUGGAGAUCAUCUACCGCUCGACUGGCGGACGUGUUGCCAAGUACUGGCGCCCCCCACAGGGCGACAGCGACACCCGUACCAGCGCUAUUGCCCGGGAGGUGUUUGGACUGAGCACUGUUAUCUGGAAUCGCGAGACCUCUGACUGGUCUCUCGGCGCAACCCCACCUGGCACCACCGUUGCUAAGAUCGCCACCUCCAUGAACGAAUGGCUGACCGGCCCGAAGUCCCCCGGGUUGAUGAUCCUCGAGCACGAGCUCUCUGAGGAGGCGGUCGGCACCUUCAAGGCGGCGUACCCGCUCAUGAAGUCGAACGGAUGGACUGUCGGCUCGCUCGCGACCAUCAUGGGCAACGGCACCGCCUACCAGAACGCUGCAAGCGACACCAGCGAGGUCGUUCGCGUCGCCAACAUUGUUGACGCGAAAAAGCUCAACGGCAAGCCACCCGGCAACGUCAACACUGUCAGCGCCCCCGCACCCGCCGCGUCCAGCCAGGCACCGGGAUCGAAAGCCGUCCAGUCUUCCGCAAAGCCGAGCGGCUCUGCAGCUGCGCCUGCCCCGUCCAAGAGUGCAAACAGCGCACGGACCCUUGUCGGCUCCUCGUUCUCUGCUUUAGCUGCAGUUGCGGUGCUCGCGCUCUGGUCAUAG